AUGGGUGUACAGUCUCUACCUCCUCAAACUCUCGGUCCCAGACGUCCUCCGGCUUUAUCUACCAUGUUUGAAGAAGAUCUUGAACGUUGUAUCAUCUGCGGAAAUCAGUGUGAGAGUUUGUAUUGCUCAUCAAAAUGUCGCCUCGAUGAUUUGAAAGGCACGCCUUCUCCGGCUAGAAAUGGCCAAGCACCCAUACGUCUCACCGCUCAAUUACCUCUUUCCCUCAGUCCUCUCAUCCGUCCUACGCACCAGAUAUCUCCCAAAAUUCUCGCUCGCAAACCUCGGUCAGCCCGGUCGGAUAGUUCGGGUUCAGAUUCGUCUCUCGGUCAUUCGCCCAAUACCAUCCCUUCCGGCCCGGGCUCGCCACACAAAGAUAUCUUAAAUUUGCCACCCCCCGCAUACCCGAUCCAGCAAUCUUUGACAUUUGCAGGAAGCAUGCCUGUAAAAAUUCCUGCUCUCCUUCCUAAACCUCCCAGUCCUCCCCAUGGUUCGGUCAGUCCUUAUCCUUCUUCACGCCCCUUGGCCAUGGGAGGUUCGAUCGACACUUUACAUUUCGGUCGUAAACCAGGUGCGACCAAUAGUGUAACUUCGCCUAACGCUCUCAUUCCCAUGUGUGCUUGUGGAAAACCUGCCAAUCAUAAAGGUCGACAGAGUAGUAAAGAACGAGAAGGUUCUGGUUUUUCUCGUCUUUCCCUCGGACCAGCCAUAACCUCCGCCGAACCUGAAAACAACGCUCAUCCAAUACGAGUGAACCGUGUGGUCUCCGAUCCGAUCGUACCAACACCACAUGAACGUUUCCUGACGCAAAAGUCCGAUAAAUUAGCUCUACCUCAAGAGAACCAUCGAGCUUAUGGUAUUUCUAACAUGCUGGGCGGUUCACUUCUUUCCCGCUCUCGAUCAGAUCCCAUGCCUCCCAAUCUGGCCAGUCUGAAUACUCCAAGACGAAUAUCAAGUGCACAAAUCGUACCUUUCACUCCUCAUCAAUCGACCGAUGUGGAGAUAUUGGCAUCACCCCUUCCAGGAGGCGGUGCUCCGCCUUCUUUAGCUCCAACUCAUAUGCCUGAGAGGAGAGGGAGAAGUAGAGAAAGACAUCAACACCCCACUCUUGAUUCCCCUGGUAGUCUUCUGGUUCAACCGCCAGAGAGGGAACGUCCACCUUCUCGAUCCCGUCAGAGGAGAGAUGAAGAACAACGUGUUGUAAAGAAAGAACGUGUGUCUCCAAUUUCCACUCCCAAUGAACCGCCUCAGAUCUUGCCUAGCUGGUCGACCGACGAGAAAGCGGGUGGAGAAGUCGUUCCUGCUCGUCCACCCGGAAGUGGGAAUAAGAGUCCAAUCUCGCCAGCCAGGGGAGUGAUGAGGGAAGAGGAUUUACAAAGAGCUAAUAAAGUGCUCCGGGGAGUGUUUGGGUGA